AUGCCAGCACAACAAAAGAAAAAUAAAUCAGAUUUUUCUAGAGAUAACACUCAAAAUUAUGGUCAAGGCAAGCCUCGCAUUCCCACUUGUCAACAAUAUGGAAAGAAUCAUUAUGGUACCCGUACGAGAGCCUCUGUUGCAUGUUUUAAUUGUGGGAGCUUUGAUCAUAAAGUGAACGACUGGCCUAAUCAUAAUAAUAUUCCUUCCUUGAAAAUUGAAGGUUCAGUUCAUAAGCCUCCUGUUAAUCCUCCUCAAACUAAUAAAAGUGCAAGGCCUAGAAAAAAGCAAGCAGCAGGUGCAAGUGGAGAUAAUCAAGCUAGUGGACAAAGGGGUACUGCACGCGCUUAUGCUAUGAGGAUGAGGGAUGAUCAAGAUGGACAAGACGUGGUUGUCGGUAAAUUUCACUUAUUUGGCUUAAGUGUGUUUACAUUGGUUGAUCCUGGUUCUACACAUUCCUAUAUUUGUUGA